UACGAAGCUAUGCUUCCGGUGACCUAGUUUUCGGUUCAGUGUCAGACGGCAAGAAGCAUGUCCUUCGACAAGUUGAAGUACCUGUCUGGAUUUGCUAAUGAGUUUGCCUCGGAGGAUCCAAGGUGUCCUGGUGCUUUACCAGAAGGACAGAACAAUCCACAAAAAUGUCCAUUUGGACUCUACGCAGAGCAGCUGUCCGGCAGUGCUUUUACUUGUCCGAGGGAGACAAACAAACGCAGCUGGUUAUACAGAAUACGACCCUCCGUUGUCCACAUGCCGUUUGAGCACAGUAAACAAGGAUUGAUGAAUCAAGACUGGAAGGAUACCAUCCCAAAUCCCAAUCAGCUUCGAUGGCUGCCAUUUGACAUUCCAAAGAAAUCAGCAGAGGCUGUGGACUUUUUGGAGGGGACAGCAACUCUGUGUGGGGCAGGCGACCCGUGUGUCAGAAACGGUGCAGCUAUCCAUAUCUACACUUGUAACAGUUCCAUGGGUGAUAAAUGUUUCUACGAUUCAGAUGGAGAUCUGCUGAUUGUGCCACAACAGGGAGCCUUGUUGAUUACAACAGAAUUCGGGAAGAUAAAAGUGAACCCUAAUGAGAUUUGUGUCAUACAGUUAGGGAUGCGGUUUAACGUGGAGGUCGAGGGGCCCAGCAGGGGAUAUAUCCUGGAAGUUUUCAAUGGUCACUUUACACUUCCUAACCUUGGACCCAUAGGUGCCAAUGGCCUCGCUAAUCCGCGGGACUUCCAGACUCCGUUCGCAUGGUAUGAGGAUCGGGAUGUUGCAAAGUACACAGUCAUGAGUAAAUUUCAAGGUCAUCUUUUUAAAUCUAUUCAGACACAUUCCCCAUUUGAUGUUGUUGCUUGGCAUGGUAACUACGCCCCGUACAAGUAUGAUCUUGCCAACUUUUGUACCGUAAACACAGUUUCCUUCGACCACAUAGACCCGUCAGUCUUUACUGUGUUGACAUGUCAAUCAACUAAGCCAGGCGUUGCUGUGGCCGACUUUGUCAUAUUCCCACCGAGAUGGGGAGUGGCUGACCACACAUUCCGACCCCCGUACUACCAUAGGAACUGUAUGAGUGAGUUUAUGGGUUUGAUACAUGGAUCCUACGAGGCGAAGGAGAAAGGAUUUCAACCUGGGGGCGGGAGUCUUCACAGCAUGAUGACUCCACAUGGUCCAGACGCAAAAUGCUUCGAAGACUGCUCCAACGCUCCACUGAAACCCCAGCGUGUGGCCGAGGGUACCAUGGCGUUUAUGUUCGAGUUGUCGUUUAGUAUGACGGUGACAGACUGGGGCAACAAGACUAAAGUGGACAACACAUACUACAAGUGCUGGCAGCCGCUACAGAAACACUUCUCACCGCCAAAGACUGACCCUACUGAUGGACCCAGCAAAGUGAAAAAGGCAAAAAAAUGACCAGUUUUAUUUUUGCAAUCUAGUUUUAAAAGAAAGAGUAUUAAUGCUUUAUACUACCGGUACAGUUUUUGGCAGAACAUGUAUCACGCAUUGAGGGUUAGCUGUUCUUUUACAAUUCAUAUUCAGAGUCUAUUUGUUCAGACAUUAUUUUAUAUUUUUAUCCACUUGUACUUGUUGUCAUCGUUACAACAGCCUUACACUGCACAUCAAGACUUGGACACUUAAAAUUCUCCUGCUUAUAAAUAACAAUUUCAAUGACAGAAAGUUUUUUCCAACAUAUAUUUUAUCACUGUUAUGGACGGAGCAGCACAGAGGGUUUUAAUGUUGGAGGAAACAGGACCCAUAGAAAACCCGCAUCAUUGGGCGGGCGACCCAAAACCUUUACAUAUCCUGAUCGGGGAAUCGAACCCCAGCCAUCUUGUUUAAGACGCGUGCACUGUCUACAGAGGCACCAACCAUCCAGAAACUACAUGGGACUUGAAUCUACAUAUUAUCCCUUAAAAUUUCAUUUCACAGUGAUGUACCAUUGAAGAAUUUGUUCAGUAUUACAUUGUCCAUGGGUGAAUUACGAUUUAAAAUAAAGAUUUUGUGAUGACGAAGCCAACAAUGAAUAAAGACAAGAAUCAGUGCUGGAGUUGGUACAUUUUAAGAAGCUACACAUGUGUAAGGUUGGUUCAACGCCCCACGCCGUUUUCGACUCUUUGAAUUCUUGUUUAAAAUUUACCAACCUGUCACAAGCUGAUCUUCAUUCCAUCACAUGAGCCAACAUGUCCCUGGAAUGUGUGUUCCUGUUACGGUGCAUUCCUUGUGCCGUAAAGAGUUACCUCCCUGUAAUCUGGUCACUUAUUUGUCCAUACCUAGUCUUGUGCCGUAAAGAGUUGCCUCCCUGUAAUUUGGUCACUUAUUUGUCCAUUCCUAGUCUUGUCACAGUCAUUGGACUUUGAGAUUUGUUAUAUCACAUGUCAUGUGCUUGAAUCUCCGAGUGUUUUGAUUGCAUAUUUUCAAUGUAUAUUGUGUUUAAAAUUUAAUUAUAGAUUUUAUCUCAAUAUUUGAAGGUACAUUUUUUUCUUAUAUAUUUUUUUUUUUUUUUUUUUACAUGCUUCAAUCAUUUACAUAUGUUGUAAAUUAUAUUGUCCAUUUCAAAGCGUCUGUCAUCUUCCUUGGCAUUCUGGUUUCGGCUGUUGUUAAUACUAAUGUAAUGGGUUGUGUAUAAGUGCUUCUUUGUCCAAAGUAAUGCAUGUUCAUUGUGUUGGUAAAUCAACAGGAAAUGCUUAUCUUAUCCAGUUUGACUCGCAUAAAAUAAAAUGGACAUUUUGUGUUUUAAAUAACGAAAACAUCUACUGCAGGUUUAUAAAUAAUUGUAUUGACCUCAGUAAAAGUUAUUAAUUGGUUUUUAAAGGAGGACAUUUUUUUCCUCAAUUUAGCUAAUACAUAUUGUCAAUACUGUUAUUGUUAAAACAGCUACAUUAGAUGUUUUUAUAUUUGACGCAGGUCGAUAUAAUUAAAUGUAUCUUUACGAAUUUUAGCAUUAAAUGCAGAAAUGUUUAUCCACAAUCAGUAAUUAAAUUUAAGAUCUUUAUGAGAAUGUGUAUGUGGUUGAUAUUGGUUUGUUAAAUCACCUGUCCGUCAGUCAUCAUCCUUUCCUUUAAACGACUUCUUCUAAAGAACCAAAAGAGGCCUACACCCAUGACAUUGGCUUUUAUAGCUCUCUGGGGAAGUUUUGAAACAAAAAAGACCUUUACCCACUUUCAAGGUCACAGAGGUCAAAUGCAUCAAAAAACGUUUUAAUCAACUUCUGAAGAUCUGGAAGGUCUACAACAAAGUUGUUUGACAAAAUGACCUUGUCCAACUUUCAAGGUCACUGUGGCAAAAGGUGUCAAAAACUUAAAUGAUUUCUUUUGAUAUUUCGCUGGUAGAUCAAAAUUAGCAUGGACUUACUUUCAAGGUCAGAGGUCAAAUAUGUCAAAAAAACUUUAAAGGAAUUCUGAAGAAGUGAAGGCCUAGAAUCAUGAUAUUUAGCAAUACGCUUCCUGGGUUGAAGCCUUACAAAGUCUGUGAACAAAAAUGACUUUGACCUACUUUCAAUGUCACAGGAGGCAAAUAUAUGCCUUCUUCUGAAGAGUUCUGACACUGGCUUAAAGUUUCCUGAGAUUCAGCCCAAUAAACUUGGCAAAAUGAUUGUUAAAAAUGACCUUGACCUACUCCCUAGGUCAUAACAUGGAAAUGUUUUACAUAUCCUCUAUAAAACCAUAUACAAUGGCUAGACUUGCAGAGAUAAUUUCAUUCAUGCUACAGGAUUGGCUCAGGGAUCAAUGUUUAUUAGUCCCCCACCUGGAACCGGGGGGACUAUAGUUUUGCGUUGUGUCCAUCCGUCCUAACGCUAUCUUGUCCUUGGUGAGGCGGUGUGUCAUGUAUCAAAAGUAGGUCACUCUGACCUACAAUUUGACCUUUGACCUACAUCAAAGAAAAUGUUUGUCUGGGCUCUAUCUCUACUAGUCACUGGAACUUUAUACUUGGAGUAUUGGUUCAUCUUGGUGAGGCGGUAUGUCGUAUAUCAAAGUAGGUCACUCUGUUUUUGAUCAGGUCACUGACACUAUUCCUUAUUGAAUACGGUGGGUCUGUCAAACAUUCAUAUAUAGAAUCAGUUCCUGCACAAGUUUAUCAUUCAUGCAUUUCACAUUCGGUGGGGGACUAUAAUUCACCGAAUUGUCUUGUUCCAGAAUGAAUGUGUGCUUGUUAUAUGAUUACCAUGAAGCUCUGAAUUGAUUUAUUUUUGUGUUAAAGAUACUGUAGAUAUAAAUAAACUUUGCUUCCAGGA